AUGGUGAGCUGUAGUGGGUGCACAAAAGGGGGACUGGCUCCAGAAUUGGGGUGUUGCCACAGACCAUCCCUGGGGGGCACAGGGGGCUCCCUAUCCUCCAGCCUGGACUGCCAACUCUGCCCAGGUGAUCAGGUCUUCCCAGUUUGCAGGCCACUUCCAGACAGAGUGGAUGCCCAUGGCCCAUUCUGUGCCAGCUGGUUGUACUCCAUGCCACUGGCACUGGCCAGGUCUGCCCUCAUGGCCUGCCCCCAGGGCCUGGACCCAUACCUGUGUGCUCUGCAGCAGGCAUCCGUGGGCACAGACCUGAAGAGUCUCAGAGAGGACGUCCUGAGCAUGAAGCACCAGGCACCAAGGCCACAUGCCGGCUCUACCAGUGACACGGUGGUCACAACCAAAUACCCUUGGAACGGGGACAAGAUGGGAAGCCAUCCAGAAAGAGCUGGCGAGGGGGACACCUGCCCAUCCUUCUCUCCUCACAACAGCUCUUCUCCAGCCCCCUGGGAGAACAGAAAGAACGCCGGCCCCUUAGCUUUCUGCUGCUGCCCCCUACUUGCUCCCAUGUCCAAAGAGCCCCCGUUCCACCUCCAACCUUUCUUUCCUGGGUACCCACUUCUCUUGCCUCCACCUUGUGCAUUCAUCUGUGGGGCCCUACCUUCUGUUCAAUGUUUUUCCUUUUUCAUGCUGCCGCCAGGCACCUCUUACCCCACCAUAGCUGUGCCUAACUUGCUGAUGAGUUUCAAAGAGCCUGGGCACCACAGUGCCCAGGGGGAGACCCUGAGUCCCUACCCAAGGGCCUCCCAAGCCUCUGCCCAAACUCGACUGUCUCAGGCCCAGAAUCCAGGCCCUGGAGCUCCAGGGCUGGAGAGAGCCGUCAGGGCAGCUCCAGCCCAGCAGGUCCCACUGGGCUCCCGGGUGGGCACUGCAGCACUGCCUUACCCUCUGAAGAAAGAGAAUGGCAAAAUCCUGUACCAAUGCAACGUGUGUGGCAAGAGCUUUGGACAGCUCUCCAACCUCAAGGUCCAUCUGCGUGUGCACAGUGGGGAGCGCCCAUUCCAGUGUGCCCUGUGCCAGAAGAGCUUCACCCAACUCGCCCACCUGCAGAAGCACCAUCUGGUGCAUACGGGGGAGCGGCCCCACAAGUGCCUGAUGUGCCACAAGCGCUUCAGCAGCUCCAGCAACCUCAAGACCCACCUGCGCCUGCACUCAGGGUCCUGGCCCUUCCAGUGCAAUGUCUGCAUGAGCCACUUCACCCAGAACAUUCACCUGAAGUUGCACCAUCAGCUGCAUGCCCCACGGCCCUGCCACCAAGCUCACACCCACCUGCCCCUGGCGUCUCUUGCCUGCCUUUCCCGAUGGCACGUGGAGGCACCAUCAGAGAGGCAGAUGGGCUGGGACUUGAACAAGGUCAAGGUGUCCUCAGCAUUGGGGAAAGAAAGGGCAACCAGCCUAAGCAGUGGUGCCAGGACUGCCCAGAGGUGGGGGAAUGUGGGGGGCAGUGGAAGAGCAAUAGAGCAAUUAAAGGAUUUUCUCUCUGACAAGUAGAGGCUUUCUGAGCCUCCACAGGAGAGAAGCAAGCCACCAUGUAUGUGCCAGACUUCACAUCCCACCUGGGAGCAGGUCAGGGGACACAGCCAGGAAGAGUCUGCUGCCUGCACACGGGGGGCGUGCCUGCAGCCAUCCACCUCCAGCUGGGUUUGGGUUCUGCUCCCUGUCAGGGACCUAUCUAGGACCCGGCCUUCUAUCUCAGCUUGCCAGUGACAGACUAGCCUUUCCAGGACUCUUCCAGGUGCAGACUGUGCUGCCAAGCACAGGACAUGUUGUCCUCUUUUCUGAACAGAUGUUGCCAUACUUGUCCGGGUGCCUGUCUGCUGC